AUGAAGGCUAUGUAUUAUUUGUUUAUCAUAAAUAAUAAGACUGAACGAGUCAAUGUCACUAAGUUCAGAAAAUGUUCCAAGAAUGGCACUGACAGUCAUAUUCAUGCUGAGUUUUUCAAGAAAGCAGACUUGGAAGAAAAGAAAAGUGAGUUUUUUCCGAAUGAUAUGCAGAAAAUAUACAUCGAACUGACGAUCUAUGAUGAUCCUACGACGUACUCUAACAGCAUCACUCUGAAGAAACCAACAUCGCAUGUGGUUGAAGAUUACCAAAGACUAUUUGAAAGCAAGGAAGGCUGCGACGUCGUUAUAAAGGUUAGAAAUGAAACUUUUAAAGCUCACAAGACCACUCUGAUGGCACGCAGCGAAAUGUUCUUCAAGCUGUUUAUUCUUGCAAUGAAAGAAGAAAAUAACACGGGAGAGAUGAUAACGCUGACUGACAUUUAA